AUGCGAAGUCCCCCAUCUGAUCCAGUUGCUAACAGCAUCUGUAAAAAUGGUGUCAAUGUUCCGGUUUUUACAACAGUGGUUGCUGCUCUAGAGGCCAAUGAAACGACUAUCGAAGCAGUAAAUGAAGGCUUUGAAUUGGGAUUGGAGAUUGAUAAUGGUCCAUGCAACAGUUGUGAGGACUCAGGAGGGAAUUGUGGGCUUAACACUACUGGUGGAUUCAGUUGCUUUUGCCUGGAUCAGGCCUAUGAAACCGUAUGUAAUGCUACUGCACCCGGAGCACAAGACAGCUACCUAGGUGUGUGUCAUUAG